AUCCUGGGAUUGCCACGUCCGUCGUUGAAGUUUGAACAAAACACAAAGAGGGCAGAGACAAGUGGAACCAUAACUUCCUCGUGGGCAACCACGUAGCAGACGUGAAAGACAAACAUCACCAAUAAUGCUUUUUCAUUGCGAUCAACUCUUCAACCACUUGUGCGCUUGGAGAAAUGACAAGGGUUCAGGGCUUUGCGCUUUCCUUACUUGAGAAACGAAUAACACCACCAAUUACCAUUAUUCUAGAACACAAAAAGAACAUCUUCAGAAAGGUUCCAAACCGCUUCACAUUGCUAUAUAAACCAGCCCGCUCCACGCAACCAAGGAGCCAGCAUUAUUUCGAAAUCAAGCGAUCGUUUUCUUGCAGCAAGAAAAGAAAUGGACCUAAGAAUGAUGGGUUUGGACCCUACCAUCAUGGAUACCCUCCAUGAGCUCCUGGACUUCCCCGAGGAAUCCGACAAGUCGUCCCACCACGCCCCAUCCCGGGCUUACGUCCGAGAUGCCAAGGCGAUGUCAGCCACGCCGGCGGACGUGAAGGAUUACCCAGAGUCUUACGUUUUCGUCAUCGAUAUGCCGGGCCUGAAACCGGACCAGAUCAAGGUGCAAGUGGAGGAUAACAUGCUGGUGGUAAGCGGGGAGAGGAGGAGGGAGAGAGAGAAGGAUCAAGGCGUGAAGUACGUGAGAAUGGAGAGGAGGCUGGGUAAGUACUUGAAGAAGUUCAUGCUUCCGGAGGAUUCAAACCCCGAGAAGAUAUCGGCGGUCUAUCAGGACGGGGUGUUGACGGUGACGGUGCAGAAAAAGCCGAAGCCGGAACCCAAGAAGCCGAAGACCGUUGAGGUCCAAGUUGCCUAAAGGGAGAAUAUAUUAUAUGUUGCGGCAGUAGCAUACAAAAUGGCAACGUAGGAGUUUGCCCCUUUUGUUUGAAGUGUUUUACACUUUGGUUUGUGUAUGCAUGUGUGCUUUGUUCUGAAGGUAUAGUAUUUUGUGUGUUGUUAAAGAGGGACGUAUCCGUCUCUCUACCUUCGGCUUUUAUGGAUCUUUAUAAUAGCAAUAAUAAGCAUUAUUCUAAUGCUCUGUUACGAGGAUCUGUACUUUGUGAUUAUAAGUAAUCAAUAAUCAUAACAAUAACGAAAAUUCUAUACAU